AUCGCGGCAGCAAAAAGAAUAACAGAUGAAAAAAGAAUGGGAGAAAAACAUCGCCUCAUCACUCGGCGAUCAGCUGAUUGUGUUUGGGUCCUAGAACGAAUAGUUGCAACCUGUAUUUUCUCGACACUCCAAAAUAUGAGCGUUGCUUCCCAGCUGAAGACAAUUCCAGGUGAAAUUCAUACUUCAGGUUUCAUAACCACACGAUCUGGCGAUACUGUGGAGGGAAAUUACGGUAUUUGGGACCAAGUGAUGGCUCUACAGUGGAUUCAAGCAAAUAUUAAGCAAUUUGGAGGCGAUCCUUCUCGAGUCACGCUUAUGGGCGAGUCAGCUGGUGGUGCAGCCUGCAGUCUAUUGGCACUAAGUCCCAGAACUGAAGGAUUGGCUCAACAAGCGAUUAUUAUGAGUGGAUCAGCCACCGCUGGAUGGGCUAUUCACCGACAUGGAAAUCCUAGCUGGAGUUUGGAGAAUCUCAUCAGCUAUUUGAGAUGUGAGAAGAUGAUCAGUGGUGCUGAGUACGCCCCACAAGUGGUCGGCGAUGAAUAUAAUGUGGAGGAACUGGCACAGAAGAAGUGCAAUUACCAGAACGAGCUCGUGCCUUGUUUAACGGAUGACCAAACACAAGAAGAGCAGAUGAACUGUCUACGGAAAAGCCUAAACUUCAGCUCUCCGCUAUUCCGCAAAGCACUCGCAUUUGAGUUAGGAGUUUCCAAAAUGGUGGUGGAUGGAGAUCUGGUGCCGACGUCAGGAAUCGACCUUGUCCGACAAUAUGCCCGGAUACCGAUCAUGACCGGUGUGGCACGAAAGGAAUGGGCGCACAAGAAACCUCAGUUCUACAACUUGCAUCGGAAAUCAUCGUUGACAGCCGAGGAGGCUGGAGAAAGUGUGUUUCGGAUAGUUGAAGGCUCUUUCCACGAUACUUCUCCUAUCAAGCUUAAUAACGCUACCUUGCACCUCGUGGCAAACGCCUCCUUUGUCCGAUACAUCGAUGAUCCAUCCAACACAUUUGAAACGAGCAGGGUAGUCGCAGCCCUUCAAACGAUGGAAGCCGACAUCGAAUUUGUGGCGCCUUGUCAAAGGGAAAUCGACGCAUAUGUACAGAAUAAUCUGACGGUUUACGCUUACUCUUUCGACUAUGUACCGAAGAGCCCAAUUUUUGAAGUGGAGAAAAAAGUGUUCAACUUGUUUGGAAAUAAUCCCGUCACAAUCACUCGUAAGGAUCAGACAUUAAAAGCAUUCCAUGGAUUGGAUCACGCGUUCAUUUUCUCCCGAGGAUACAGUAGUAAUUUUGAAAUCCGACCAUUCACCAAAGAAGAUGAGAAUAUGGCAAAGGUCUUAACGAAUAUGAUCACGAACUUUGCCAAAAGCGGUGACCCAUCAACAAAACGGUUUGUUUGGCCAUCGUUCAGUGGGAAUAAAACAACCGAGCACGUUUCAAUCAAUCUCCCACCGAAGAUUAUCCAAGGCGAACUGCACUGGCCACAUCCGAAAUUCUGGAACGUCGAGGCUGAGCUGAUUAGUCGGGUUGUAGCCCAUGAAGGAGAAGUUCCAGUUGAUCCUGAUGCCGACCUGACCAACGAGGAACGAGUCCAACUGAGCGCCUAUCGACGGGCGUGGUGGGCCCUGUGGUUGUUAGUAGCCUUUUUGGCGAUUGUCAUCUGGGGAAUCGUCAUAUACGCAGUUGUAUCGAAAGGCAGUAGUCCAAGAAACAAACCCUACGACAACAUCGUUAUAACCCGAUGA